AUUACGACUGCUACGUUAGAUUAACACCGUCCAGAACACAGUCAGCACAGGAGCAAAAAAUAAUAAUCUGAAAGAAGCAUUUCGUCAUUUGGCCAAAGUCUGCAACGGAAUAAAAUGCAGGGCUCAGAGUAGGGGUGUCAAACUCAUUCCAUGGAGGGUGUAGUGUCUGAUGCUUUUUAGUUUUCCCUUUCAAUUAGGACUUAGACAACCAGGUGAGGGGAGUUCCUUACUGAUUCAUCAAUCAAGUACAAGGGAGGAGUAAACCUGCAGGCAUUCGUCCCUCUGUGGUAUGAGUUUACAAAUGGUUUAGAGGAUAUCCUUAUGUCCCGUUAUAUUUUCAGAACGCUGAACUGUGAUGGGUUUACUUAAAAUUCCCUGAUGCUGCACUGCCAAUAUCUCCGCUCCAAAAGUCCUCUCUCUGAAUCUAGGCCUAUGCAUCAUUUGUGCACAAUCCAGUGUCGUCUCGGUCUCUAGCUCUGGCCUCUCAUCCGGCACUGUUGCCAUGGUAAGUAGGCUGUGGUGAAACUGGCUUUAUACAGAGGCCCUGUAUAAAGAAUAGCUCACUGCCUCAACUGCUUACAUAUCAGAGGCACAGCUAGCUAUUGCUCUGCUCGGAGUCCAAGCCACAGGUUUUUAUCUGCAAAUGAAAAUCCACGUUACAACAGUGUAGUGCUAGGGAAUUUUAAUGGAAUAAGUUUGCUUUUCAAAUUUGAUACAUAUGUUGGAACAAGUUAGCGGUCCAGUUAACAUCGCAUUUAUCACCCAGGGGCUUGGGUGUAAUCAACACUGGGAUGCUGCCUUUCUCCGGCUUGUUUUCACUGCAAAAAUUACAGGUUUUAAUUAAUUGGGCAGACAACAUUGAUAGGAUUUGAUGGACUCGUUCCAUUUAUAUACUUUUUUUGCUGCCAGACACAGGCUGCAGACUUCAGUUUCACCACCCAUGUUUACAGUGUAGCCUAUGUCUUUCAGAUACCUCAAAAGCACAGAGCUAUAAUCCAUUCUUCAGCCUAUGACUGUUUUGUGAACACCUAGCAUAUAGGGCAGGUUUGUAAGGAGCACUGCUCUUUGUGGUGGCGUAUGCAGUUAUGUAACCACCGACCUCAGACGUGGAAUUGGACCACUGCCUCCACACACACAAGUUGAAGCAACACUGCACAGUACAGCACCCUGAAGGUGGAAUAUUAUACGUUUAGAUUAGAAGACGGCAGUACAUAAAAUGUAUUUGAAUACCAGCUAUUCAUUUGUUAUUCAUCUUUUAAGUUCACUAUAACUUGACUUUAUUAAAAAGAGCAUACUUAUGUUGGGCAAUGGCAUUCCUUGCCACACUAUCCUCAGUCAUUCAUUCCCAUUGCUGCUGCCUCUGCUGUAGAGGAGACCAGUGUGCACUGGGACCUGCGGAGGCUGCAUGCAACCAGACAUCCAAGUGAUGGAUCAGUUGUGAAUGCAGAACCGCCUACAGCACGGAGUAGGCUGCUGCAGCCCGGCUUCCUGUCGACACCCACUCAGCGCCAACACCACACACUGAUUGGAAGAGAGGCGGUGCUCCAGGAACAGAGGGAGAGCGGAGAGCUCAUCAUAUUGGCUACAUGCUGUGAUUAAGGAAUCACUGCAGAGGUACAUGGUGGGCCGUGGGGUGAAACGUAAGCUUAGUGACUGUGAGGAUCAGAUGCUGGACCUGCCCUACCCCCAGCAGAGGCAGCUGGUGCUGGACCUGUGCCUGGAUAAACUCCAGAGUUGCCAGCGCCGAGCUGAACCCAGCCUGCACCGCUCGGUGUUGCUGGCUAACACUCUGCGACAGAUUCAACAGGAGAUGAGGCAGGAGGGAGGCCUGCAUCUGGAGUCCCCCCCUCCAGCCCCCGCCACACCGCGCCACUCCCCGGAUCUGCCGCCUGUGCCCUCGGACCAUCCCUCCACCCCAGUGGCCGCGCUCUCAUCCUCACUGCUGUGUGAAGACGACGCACAGUCAACCUGCACAGAGCUCCCCAAGGGACCGGGGUCGGAGGAUGGCGGCAAGUCGCAGGAUCUGCUGUUUGGAUCCUUUGAAAUCACCAACUCCACCAGCUACCUGACGGACCUGCAGCUGGAUGACAUUUUUGAGGACAUUGACACAUCCAUGUACGACCCGUCAGACUUCUCUGUUCUGGCCUGCCCCCCUCCCAGAGGGAGCAGCGGAGCCUCCUUGGGGAAUGACUAUAACCUCAAGGCAUUCUCCACCUCCAGCAGUACUCUGCAGAUGUGUCUCAACGACCUCGACCACAUCAUGGAGAUCCUGGUACGCUCUUGACUGAUUGGCGACACGUCGUAGUCACAACUACCCAGCAUUUUAGGAGCUGGGGGUGGGAAGAAUGACUUGAUUUUUUUAUGUCUCUAUUUUCAUACAAAGAACUUGUUAUAUUUAUACAAAAAGACUGAUGGAUACCUGCCUGAUACACUUCUACUGUAUGAUAAUGCACAUUUUUGGUGGCCCGCUGAGGCCAUCUUUUUUUCUAUAGCAAGAUUAAAUGAAUAUGCAGGGACUUAAAGCAAGAAACACAAGUAUUACCAUUGAGACAUUUAUACAGGAUUGUUAUUCACCAGUGCAUUCUUCGCAGGGGGAGGAAUGACAACCUGUGGAACAAGGUGAAGAAAAGAACAUUGGGGGUGGAUUCAUUAAGUAUUUCUGGAGCAUUACAAUCAUUUAUCAAGAAUGAAUGAUAUCGGACUUAAUCAAUACUCACUACCUCUCUAAAACUAAGAACUCUGUCUCACUAUUCAAAGAGAUUCAUGAACUCGCCGCUUCACUCAUUUUGUAUUUCGAUUGGUCUUGUUCCUUUAACAUAGAAAACUGGUGAUUGUCAAUAAUGCAGAUUUUUAACACCAGAAAGAAUGCCUUCCUGCCGAUAUGAAUCUCAAAACAUAGCCGAUAAUUCCAUGUUACACUGAUGCCUUGUCCAUCCAUUUUGGUCAUUUUAAUCAGAUGGUAGCGGACAACAAAAGAAUCAGCACUAGAUUUUGAUGAAUAUUUGUUUUGAGGAUAUUGCGUUGAUUACUUGGAAUGAUCCGUGUGUUUUUGUUACACUAGAAUAGAAAAUGCAUGCAUUUCAGCAUUUAGUGGUUUGUCUCAUUGAAGAACUGUACAAUUUGAGUACUAUGUAUUCCCCCCACUAACGGUUGUAAGAAAGAAAAAUACAGAUGCUGUCGUAUCCCUCUAAAGAACAUAGUGCCUAUAACGGAGGAUGAAGACUGGUGAUGGUGGAACUGCCCACUGUACCUGCACAUGGACACUAGCCUAUGAAAAGGCGACAACCUGUGUGUUAUUUCUCUAAGUAAUUUAUUUUGGAUGUGAUACUCAGUCCUGAAAAGAAGCCAUUCUGCCAGGUGUGGGCACAUCUGCUUUUAACCCUUCACACUCCCCUCACCAAAGACUGACACUGCAAAAAAGCAGACCUUGGAUGUCGGUGCCUCACGCUAUGGUCGAGAAUACGGUGUCCUAAUGUUGAGUGAAUCUGUCAGCCAUUCCGGUAGAAUCCUCACCCAACAUUUGUUCUCUAGGAAUGUUCUCUCGGAAUCGCCUUUUCUCUUACAACAGACUGCGGGGUUGGACUCUACUCCCAAGAAAAUGCAAGUCAUGGAUACAGAUGUAGGAUCUUAAUUUGAUCUCUCUGUUUCAGGAUAACAGGAAACAUUUUAUUUGGGGUUUAAAAAGGCUUCUGAAGUUUAAUUUCCACUUUGGAAUUUCAGAUUUGAUUGUCCCUUAAAAGUAUCAACCCCUACAAAGAUGUCCAUCAAUUAUAAUUCACAUUUCUUGAUGACGCAGGAUUAUUUUGCUGCUGUUGCAAACUGGGAGCAAAUUACGAUCCUACAUCUGUCUGAGGGUCAUACCUGUGCUGAGGGACUGUCCUGCAUUGCUUCCAGGCUGUUUUCACCCGAGACUGGAGAGAGGGGGAGGGGCAGUAGCUCAUGUGGAGACCCUUGCUUGUGGAAAUGGCUACACAGUUUCACAACAGCUGGUAUGUGUGUGUCUCUGUGUAUGCCAAGCUCUGUCCCCCAAAAGGGGCCCCCUUCUUCUGUCAGCCAAUAAGAAUGCUGAGGGAGGGGCUUUGUUAUCCUGUAUGAAAGUGAAUAACAAAUGUAAGCAGCUAGAUGCAGUUCCUUUUCUCACUGUGGUAUGUGUCCCCUUCCUUGGCUCUUUUCACUGUUUAUAACCCAGGUUUUGCACAAUUUGACAUCUUCUGUUGUCCGUUUGUUCAACACCGUAUAUCCAUCCGUAUCUACAAUUUAUCAUGGAUCAUAUAACCAAAACGGAAGGAUCUUGUCUGCACUGAUCCACAUAUUCUGAAAUAGGCUGAUUUUUAGAUGAGAGAUUGGGACACAGGCUCCCGGCACUCUGUGGUGAAGCUCUCAAAGUAAACAAGUCCCUGGUGUUGAUGCUCUGCCGUUGACACACACCCCUCCCGUCCUUCCAAAACCCCAGCACGACUGCACACAGACCCCACCCUAAGGACUGACUGCCUACCCUGAACAUCAUAACACAUGGUACAAUAAAACCAAGGAGGCUUAUUUAUCACACCAUCUACAUUCUUCAGUGGGCCCUCCCUACUCACUGCUAAGAGCUGUGCAUCGAAUGAGUUGAGAAUUUCUAAGCUUUGUAAGCUUUUUUUUCUUGUACAUAUUUGUAUUUAUACAUUUUCCUGUGUGAUUGUUUAUUUUCAUGACCGCAUUGAGAUAAUAUAUUGCAUUUAUUUAAGUAACUGGUCUGGGGGUUUUGUAGCAGAGUUCAGGACCCAUUUUAUUUUCAUCGAAGAAGUAAUAUUGUGAAAACAUGUCUGUAAAUAUUUGUUGCGGAUCAUGAAGAGAUUGAUAUUUUAGAUGUAACUGGGCCUACCUUUUCGUGUCUACGAUGGGAUUCUAACAAAGUCUAGAUGAAGAUUACUAUGGAUCAGGCAGUUGUAAAACUGGCAGCUUUUCACACUGUUUUCAGCCUGCAGAAACUUUGCGAAGUUUAACCAAAAUAUGAAAUUGGCAGUACAUGUACAACCAAUCAAUAUCCCUGGAUUGAGCAAUGGAAUAGGCUAACGUGAUGGCCUGUAAUAUUCUGGCCAGUUAUGUAACUCACUAGCCCUCUCGUUCUUAGAUGUUUUGGAGAUUUUUACCAAACGUGAAAGGACUGCAAUCCCACUUUCACUCGGCAGACUCCUAAACUAACGGUCAGAAUGCUUAAAAUUAAGUGUGGAAAGGAGUAAAUAAAGAUCUGUUAUAGCACAUCUUUAAGUAGUCUAAGUGUUCCAUUGACUUUUUUUCGUGUCUUCUCUGCAGUUUGCAAGGAGUUGCACUCUGUAGGGUGUUGACAAACCAUUGUGAACUAAUACAGUUCUCUUGAUAAAGAACCAUGUCGAAUAUCUUAUUUGUUAGACAGGACUCUUAUUACUGAGAGGUCGACAAACACUUCACUUUUGGAAUGGUCUUACUAGAGUUGGAGCAUUACAGAAUGGAUGAGGUGGAGUCUAUCUCUUACAUAUUUGGGUUUUUUAUCACUUGUGUGAGUGACCCUUCUGGAGUCAAGUUAUUUUCAAAAACGUUCUACUGAAAACCAGAAUGCUUCAGAAUUAUCACUUUUGUCCCCAAGUGCAAUAUGAGUGUUUGUUGGUGAUCUAUAUUUAGUAGAAAUGUCUAACAUUUGUUUUUAUACUCUAUGCAAUACUAUAGCAAUUCAGUAAGUGAAUAAAAUGCAAAAGAGGAA